AUGGUCAACAGCGACUCCGACGACGACGUUUACGACGACAUUGAGUUCGAGAAUGCUUCUGAGGGCGAUGAAGACAUUGACGAGGAUAUCAUUGAUGCACUAGAAGGAGAUCUAACAGCCGCUGUGGCGGCUGAGGGGACAGAAGGAGAGGAGGACACAGAUACGUCCACGUCCGACAACGGCUCAGAUGAUGAGGACGUCUACGAAGACUACGUAUCCCCUCAUAAGGAUCUGGAGCAAGUCCUCACGCAGUCCCUUCAAGAGGUUCCAUCGCUCAGCAAGCCUCCUUCUCCUGCGACUGAGUCGCCUACUGCUGGUCAAGUGCCGCAGCCACCGCCGCAAAUUCGUCCCCCUUCCCCAGCCCAGAUUCGCAAAACGAAACUCUUGUCAGAUAUCCGGUGGCCACGGUCGUUCACCGUCGAGGCAAUAUGUGCCAUUCCUCAUCCCUGCGCAACACAUGCUUUGGCGUCUUCGCUAUGCAUGACCCACCUGAUAACGGGUUCUGACGAUGGCUACAUCCGUGACUACGAUGUCUUCGCUGCAGUCAAUGGGAAGAUCUUCCUCACCGCCCCCCAGAGGCAGCAUUGCGGCGUUAUUGAGGGCAUCAUGAAAGCUGGUCAAAUUCGUUGCUGGUGGGAGAACGCCAUCCCAGUCGUUAACCCCGAGGGUCCAAACGGAGAGGCACCUCUGUAUCCAGUAUACAGCCUGGCAAUGCAGUCGGACGCCCUCUGGUCUCUCGCAGGCUCGGAUCAAGGGCACGUCUGCCUACAUACAGUGCGACACAGUCCUGGCCGCCUUUGUCAUGUGAUGCACGGUCAUAGGGGGCCGGUCUCCGCGCUGUCCCUACAACAUGACGAGAAGGGUUUCUUCAGUGCAGGCUGGGACGGCGAGGCGAUUCACUGGGACCUGAACACUGGGCAGAUGGCUCGGAGGUUUUCAGCACACGGCGCCCAGCUUGCCGGAGUUGCUGUCCGCCCGCUUUCCACGAAUUUCAUUCACAAUCCAUACAACACUAUCACAGCCGGUAGUGAAUUCACAGUGUCCAUGCGUGGUUCACGGGACGACCAGCAAAUGAAUCACGCACCCUCGAUGCCUCCUCCGCCUCCUCCACAAGCUCUCUACCAGGCCCCAAAGCAAGAGGACGAUGUCAAGUCCGAGGCAUCGUAUGACCCUCUUUUCGACGAGCCGGAUGCAGAGGGUGACGGUGACGGUCCAGGCGGGCAGAAUCCUUACACAUCUUUCCCUGGGUACGGUCACGGUCCGCCCAAUGGCCAGCAUCUAGGCCGAGGUGCGAUCGCACCGAAAGGCGCGCCCCCUGUGCUCGACCCUACGACCUACGCCACGUUCUCGCCUGAUCUGCUGAUGACUGCACAUGUAGACGGUCAGGUCAUUCUGUGGGAUCGAAGGGUCAAUACGCCUGGGAGAGGCGUUGGUCGACUGUGGAUGAGCGAGAAGACACCCCCUUGGCUCAUGUCUGCUUGCUGGUCUGCUGACGGGGCUCAGAUAUACGCGGGACGUCGAAAUGGCACUGUCGAGAUUUACGACGUUCGGCAGACAGGGCGUGCAGCUUCUGGAACACCGAAGAUUUUGAAAACGCUUCGCAAUCCGGGCAGCUCAGGCGUGGUAUCUUGCGUCGUCGCAUUUCCGGAUGGCCGCCACCUUGCAUGUGCUUCAACCGAUAACAUCCGUCUGUGGAACGUCGCGGAGGCCGGGGAACCCGAUGCAUCUGGCAAGAUGAAAAGCGGAGUCCAGUUCAAGAUCAUACCUGGACAUCACGGCGGUUAUGUUUCUCAGAUGCUGGUUGACCCAGCAGCUCGAUUUUUGGUUAGUGCCAGUAGUAAUCGAGGCUGGCAUGGAGAACAUACCAAGACUGUAUUCGUCCACGAAGUCAAGCAUCAGUUUUGAUAAGACAUUGUAUAUAGUGUGUUAUUACGGUGUAU